AUGGCAUCUGGAUAUAACAGCUCUUCUGCCACACUCUCUGAGUUCCUCCUCAUCUGCUUCCCUGGAUUCCAGAGCUGGCAGCACUGGCUCUCCCUGCCCCUGAGCCUGCUCUUCCUCCUGGCCAUGGCUGCCAAUGCCACCCUCCUGCUCACCAUCUGGCUGGAGGCCUCUUUCCAUGAGCCCAUGUACUACCUGCUCAGCCUGCUCUCCCUGCUGGACAUUGUGCUCUGCCUCACUGUCAUCCCCAAGGUCCUGGCUAUCUUCUGGUUUGAUCUCAGAACCAUCAGUUUCUCUGCCUGUUUCCUCCAGAUGUUUGUCAUGAAUAGUUUCCUAACCAUGGAAUCCUGCACCUUCAUGGUCAUGGCAUAUGACCGUUAUGUGGCCAUCUGUCACCCCCUGAGAUAUCCAUCCAUCAUCACUGACCACUUUGUGGCCAAGGCUGCUGUUUUUGUCAUAGCUCAGAAUGCCCUCUUUUCCCUGCCUGUCCCCAUCCUCUCUGCCCGACUACAAUACUGUGCACAGAACAUCAUAAAGAAUUGCAUCUGCACCAACCUAUCUGUUUUCACACUUUCUUGUGAAGAUAUCACUUUUGUUGUUCUCUAUCAUUUAGUAGCUGGUUAGACCCUGCUGGGCUCUGAUCUCAUCCUAUUCUUCAGGUUGGCUGCAGCCAAGGCCCUGAGCAUAUGUGCAUCUCCCUUCAACCUCAUCCUCUUUUUCAACACCAUCCUUACUUAUCCUGGAGGUUGCAGCAUUAGAGAGAUCUUUCAGGGUGUGGAGCUUACUUGGAAAUGA